ACAUCAAGCAAGGGUUACCUGACCCGGUUGCCGGUCGCCUGCGAUUGCAAAGGGUUCUACGUGGCAUAAAGCGCACGCUAGGCACACCACCCUCUUCGCGCCUUCCCGUCACCACCGAGGUCAUGUCAAUGAUUUAUAAGCAUCUGGAUUUAACGCUGUUUGACCAUGCUAUGUUCUGGGCCGCAUGCUGCCUGGCCUACUUCGGUUUCUUACGCGCAUCAGAGUUUACGGUCAACAGUAGUAGCAUUUUUUUUUGCCAGAUCUCCAUUUAAGUGUCCGGGACAUCUCCGUUGACUCUAUGUCUAAUCCAACCAUGCUGCGGAUUCACGUGAAGGCGUCCAAAACUGACCCGUUUAGAAAGGGAACACACGUCUUCAUCGGUAGAGCCAAGCCCCCUGUAUGCGCCGUGGAGGCGGUGCUAGGGUACCCCGCCCGCAGAGGUGGCGCGCCCGGCCCGUUGUUCGUAAUGGAAUCAGGUCAGCCCUUAUCCCGUCAAAAGCUUACUAGUUGGCUCCGAGAAAUUCUCCAGCUCGAAGGCGUUCCCGGUAACUAUUCUAGCCAUAGCUUCCGCAUAGGAGCCGCCACGGUGGCGGCCUGCAAUGGCCUACCGGACCACUUGAUACAGACUCUCGGUCGCUGGACCAGCGGCGCGUAUCGCUCCUAUAUCCGCACGCCAGCCGACGUUCUAGCGGGGGCUUCCAGUAAACUAGUCUAAUAAAUCAGUCUCCCAUGUUCGAUGGUGUGUGUGUGGUGCUUGUUUGGUUUGGGGUCUGGAGGUCCCAUGGCCCCUUCCACUCUCCCUCCUUUUCAAGCACCUUUUUGGCGGGGGAUUGUGGCCUAGUUGCCAUGGUUCCCUGGGAGAGCGCAACUCGUGGGCCGUCGC